AAGCGUGCUAAGCAAUGUAAGGCCAAAAAACAAAUCGAUUUUUGACAAAUAGUUGUUCGUGUUUACAAAACUAUCGGUAAACGAUUUCCUUCAAGCAUCAGUGUAUGGACAGCGUAUGUGCGAGCCACAGCAUCAAUGCGAACUCUGCGAAACAAUGGACUUUCUUCAAAUUUUUAUACUAACCGUAUACAUGACACAAGUCGUAAGAACAAAAUCGAGGUCGAAGAAAUACAAAUCGUCGUCUUCAGACGAGGACAGCAUAGAGAACCUCCUGUACUACAAGGAUUGCCAGCGGCAGGGCAAGACGGAGGCCCCACCAAAAUCCGCCCCAAUGAUAUAUGAAGCACGAACACCACCGCCACCGCCACCACCCCCCAGGCAGCCAGAAUGUCCUUUCCCAAAGAUGUGUUGCGCCCUAACCUGCGGCAACGAAUGCGGCGUGGGUGGGGGUGGUAGUAUCGGUGGUGGGGGAAACUACCCAUCAGCAGGUUACAUGAGACAUUCAGAAUUUAAUAACUUCCAGCCGAUCCAGAGUUUACAACCAAUGAUUCAACAACCUCAUCAGCCGGGGAUGGGUAUUCAACAGCAAAUGAUACAAAGGAGAAAAAAGAAGGUGAAACUGCCUCCACCCAAGAUACAAGCACCACCGCAGACAAGAAGAGACUUCUCAGGGUUUACCAAAGAGAAGAUAAAAGGGUUGAUCGCCCAGGACAAUGAUAUCAGGAAGAUUCUGAAGGAUUUGGUCACGGUCACCAUGCAGAAGGUGGAUCUGCUAGACAUGAUCAAUUCGAAUAGAAAGGAUGAUGAGGACGUCACAGAGAUGACGUCACCGGCUCCUGUGUUCAAUUUAGAGGAAUAUGAUGAAUGA